AUGGAGGGGGGGCUGGCAUUACGGGUGGGCAAGUGGGUGACCGCCCAGGGCCCCAUGCUCAAGGGGGCACCAUGCGGGUGGGUCAUAAAUGUUCUGGGCCCCUAUUUCCCCGCCCCUGCACCCCACGUGGAGUUAGCAGCAGGAGCCGAGGGGGAAGAAGCCAGGGAACAACCUGAAGUGGCGAGGGGCGGGCUGUGCCCGGAUCCCGGGGGGGCGGGGCAGGCGCUGAGCCCCGGGCCGGCGCUGCAGAGGGAGACGGGGAGCGCCCGGAGGGCGAUGGAGGGGGAGCCCCCGGGUCCCGGGGAGCAGGCGCUACAGGAGUUCCAGGCCCUGGUGGAGCUGGUCGGGGGGAAGCCAGAGGUGCUGCUGGUCGGGGAGGUGCUGGAAGGGGGGGAGACCCGGGCGCUGCUGGGGGCUUUUGCCCAGGAGCUCUUCGGGGAGCAGCCCGGGGACCAGGCGGGCAGCGGGGGGACGCCGGGGGAGCGGCCCGGGGACCAGGCGGGCAGCGGGGGGACGCCGGGGGAGCGGCCCGGGGACCCGGUGGGCAGCGGGGGGAAGCCGGGGGAGCGGCCCGGGGGCCCGGCGGGCGGCGGGGGGAAGCCGCCUCCCCAGGUCCGGGUGUGCCUCGGCCCCGGCGGCGCCGGCCGGGAGAUCCGCUCCCCGCUCAUCUUCCUGCUGUGCCGGGCCGGCUCCUUGCAGCCGCGGCGAGCCCGGGCCCGUCUGCGGGAGAUCGCGCGGGACCUGCGGAGCCGGCUGCCCCGGGGCCCGCCGGCCGCCCUGGUGGGGGUGAUCGUGCAGCCCGGCCCCGGCGAGGAGGAGGCGGCGGCGGCGCUGCUGGAGACGCUGCUGGGCGAGGUCUUCCAGGAGCACCGGGCCGGGCUGCAGGACACGGUGCAAGCGGCAGCUUACAGCCCCGGCUGCCCGGACGGGACUCUGGAGGUCAGGAGAGCCGCCUGCCGAGCCUUGCGAGCGGCCCUGCAGCACCGAGCAGGUGGGGAGGAGAGAGAGAAGCGGAGGUUCCCCUCCCUCCUGCGGUGCGUCCCCUGGGGCAGGAGGAGCCGGAGAAGAGGCCGAUCGGCUAAUGCUGCCAACAACCUUCAUGAGGGUGGCCUGCAGGACCCCGAGGAGGGAGUGGCUCUGACAGGCAUGUCACUUAACGGAAACCGUGAAGAAGCAAGCAGAGGCACAGGUGCUUAA